CGCAAACUUGUCGUUAGAAUCAAAAAAAGCACGCUGAGACAAGACGCGCACGAAAACUGAACGGAAAAACGUAAAAGGCAAAGGCGGAUGAAGCAGCGCAAAAGGGGAAGCGUAAGCAGGCGCUAAAUAUUUUAAAAAUAUAUAUUAAAAACUUUGCGCUUCGCUUCGGUAACAUAUGUAUGUAAAUCUAAUCAGAGAGUGCCUGUGUGUGUAAUUGUUCAAAAUAAAACCGCGAGCAACAACAACAACAACAAGAAAAGCAGCUGAGCCCGAAAAGUAAAAACCCACAAUAAAGUCCCAGAAUCAAUUCAGGAUCCACUACAAGAACAACAACAGCAAAAACCACUGUCGCGUCUCCAAAUGAAACAAUAAUUUAAUAAUUGAAUUACCCAAAAUAACGAAGAAAAAAGCAAAGGAAGGCGAAUAACGAGUAAAAGUUAAAAAGUUGAAAAAGUUUAAAACAUAUUGUAAAGCCGUACUGCGUAAGCCAGUCAGCGCUUAAAGUACCAUAUAUAGUUGUUCUUAUCUAUACCCACACUCAAUUAAUUGCAGCUGAAUGCACGACUCCUUGCAGAAAGAAGGAUCGUAAAUAGAGUAUCAGUAUAUGUGCAUAUGCAUAUAUAGCGACGUUCACGAACUGUCUCUGUCACUGAUAGCGAUCGAUAGCUGUACCUCCAUGUGUGUGCAUGAGUGGCAGCAUCAGUAGCGCACCCAAGGACCAAGGACCUCAUCCACAUAGCCCAUCAAUCUCUCAGAUGCCAGUGGCGGAUUCCCCCCGAUAAAGGCAUCGAAUCGAAUUGCAUCGCAUCCAUUGGACGAGGACGAGGACGAGGACUAGGACUAAAGGACAGUGACUGACGCAUCCUGCGCUCGUUUGAUCGUUCGUUCGCUCGCUCGCUCGCUCUAUCGCUCUUUCGCUCGCACGCACCAAAAAAAACCAAACAGAAAUACGAGAAACAAUACCAAGCAAGCCAAAAACCAAAUAAUACCAAGCUAAACAGACGCCUCAUUACCAAACAUCGAACGUUUCGCUGUCGUUUAAAAAAAAGAAAUAAACCAGAAGCAAAGCAACCAAAUUUAAUUCAAUCAAAUCAAAUCCAAGCCAAUUCAAUCCAAGAUCCAAUCAAAAAAAAAAAUCAAGCCGAAUCCACGAGACAUAGAUACUGAACAGUAAACAGUAAGAUCAACAGCAACCGAAACCCAAAGCAAAAAGCUAAAGCAAUCAUCAGUCAAAGUCGAUAACCAAAACCAGCAACAUUCAGUUAAAAAUGGCCGAAGACGCUACCAUGGAGACAUGUCCAAGUCCUGAAAUCGGCGACUCACGCAAAAGGCCACUCGAUUCCGAUCCGGAAAAUGAACAAACUAAACGCUCACAUUUCAGUUCCGGCGAGACAACGUAUCACAUGAAAAUACUGGUGCCCGCGGUGGCCUCCGGGGCCAUCAUUGGCAAAGGUGGCGAGACGAUCGCCUCCCUGCAGAAGGACACGGGUGCUAGGGUCAAGAUGUCCAAGUCGCACGACUUCUACCCAGGCACAACCGAACGCGUGUGCCUGAUCACCGGCUCCACGGAGGCCAUCAUGGUCGUGAUGGAGUUCAUCAUGGACAAGAUCCGCGAGAAGCCCGACCUGACCAACAAGAUCGUCGAUGCCGAGUCAAAACAGACACAGGAGCGCGACAAGCAGGUCAAGAUCCUGGUGCCCAACUCGACCGCCGGCAUGAUCAUUGGCAAGGGCGGUGCCUUCAUUAAACAGAUCAAGGAGGAGAGCGGCUCCUAUGUCCAGAUCUCGCAGAAGCCCAAGGAUGUGUCGCUGCAGGAGCGCUGCAUCACCAUCAUUGGCGACAAGGAGAACAAUAAGAACGCCUGCAAGAUGAUCCUCUCGAAGAUCGUCGAAGAUCCCCAGUCGGGCACCUGCCUGAACGUAUCCUACGCGGACGUCAGCGGCCCGGUGGCCAACUUUAAUCCGACCGGUUCGCCAUACGCCACCAAUCAGAAUGCCAUCAACUCGAGCACCGCCUCGUUGAACUCCACGUUGGGCACCACGAUCGGCGGUGCAAAUUCGGCGGCCAGCCUGCUAGUCAACGGCACCGGCAUCAAUUUGUCCAUCAAUCUGGGCUCACCCAAUCCAGCGCCCAAUCUAGCGGUUGCCACACAGCUGCUCGAGCAUAUUAAGGUUGCCAUGCGCGGCUCUGGCUACUCGGAGACCGUAACGAACGAAGUUGUCGCCGCUCUGAGCGUGCUGGCCAAGUACGGUGUCCUUGGAAUGGGCGUGGGUGUGUCGCACACCAACGGCGCCCACUCAACGCUGGGCAACUUCCUGGGCGUAACGACGCUGGACCAGCAGACUGCCGCUGCCGCAUCUGCGGCCACCGCCAGCAAUGUGUUCGGUGCCGUUGGCCAGGUGAAUCUGGAGCAAUAUGCCGCAGCGGCGGCCGUUGCAGCUGCCGCCAGCCGGCCGACGCAGUCGCAACUGGACGCUGCCGCAGUGCAAUUCGAUCCAUUCCGCCAUUUGGGCUCGGCAACGGCGCCGGGCGCCACGCCCGUCUCACUGAACAACAAUAGCUUUGGAUUGACGGCAGCCACGGGAACGGCGACCACGGCGCAGCUGGGCGGCCUAAGCAAGAGUCCCACUCCCGGCGACCUUAGCUCCAAGGACUCGAAGAACGUCGAGGUGCCGGAAGUGAUUAUCGGCGCUAUUCUAGGUCCGAACGGUCGUAGUUUAGUUGAAAUUCAACAUGUUUCUGGCGCAAAUGUGCAAAUUUCCAAAAAGGGCAUAUUCGCACCUGGCACUAGAAAUCGCAUUGUAACCAUAACUGGUCAGCCGAGUGCCAUUGCCAAAGCGCAAUAUCUAAUUGAACAGAAAAUCAACGAGGAGGAGACAAAGAGGGCGCGACAAAUUCCAUUAACCACUGUUGUGAAUUAAAAUAAAAAAACAAAACAAAAAGUACCAUAACUAAUAUCCGAGUAAAGCAACAAAACCAGCAAUCUUAACA